AGAUUGUGAAUCUAGGAAACAACAAAACUGUUAGCCAAACCUCGGAUACGGGUGGAUCAUUGCAUCUCCAAGGAAACAGCUAUGUUAAAGAAGGGAUAAGCAGUAAUACGGAUAGUUUCCCGCUGUCUUGCUCUAUCCAUUCGUCAUCGACAAUUAGUAUGAUCAAGAUAGAAGUUUUCGAUCUACGCUUGUUCAGCGACAAUGGUAGCUGUACACAGAUGAUAAUUCUUGAUGAUGGAAACCGACAUAUUAAUCUUACGUGCAACAAUAACAUUCAUUUCCUCAAGGGUUUCUUUUUCGAAACAAACACCAGCUGUUUAAACCUAACAUUGUCAAAUGCAAGUGCUGAUGGAUACUUCUGGUUCAAAUUUACAGUAGCUGAAAUUCAUGGAUUCCUACACAUCGAAUGCCCCCCAAUUUCAUGUACGAAUCCAAUAACACCAAAACCAACAACAGAAGCUACAUCAAAGAUGUUAACAUCAAAUACAACAACAGCACCAUCAGCAACAACAACAAAUACCCAUAUAGCUAAGGGAAAUACACCGAUACCCCAAAAGGAUGAAAAGUUAACUUAUAUACUUGUUGGUAUUUGCCUGCCUUUCUGUCUUCUAAGUCUACUUUUCGUGAUGUGCUGUCUGUGGAAAAAGCAGCCAGUAUGCAUAACGAUGUUUCGGAAAAAGACAAAAUCACGUGUUCAUCCUCUGAACGGUGACCGAAGAUUGAUUCGAAAUGAAGAGGGACACUCGAUACAUGAUGAUAAUGAGCACAUGUCAUCUCCUGUGAUUGUAACUGAAGAGAGACACGAGACACAGUGUGAUAGUGAACAUAUGUCGAGUUCGAAAAUUCUAAACGAAGUAGGACACGCUAAACAACGUGAUGCUAAACAUAAACGAUGUCCAGAAAGUUUACAUGAAGAGGGAGAAGAGAGAGGUGAUAUUGAACGUUUAUCACGGAUACAACAUGCAAAUGAACAGGGUCGUGCAGCAUGUCUUGAUAUUGAGCAGAAAUUGCUAACCAAAAUUCUAAAUGAAAAAAAAAGCUUGACACAGGUUGGUAUUGGAUAUACAUCGUGUUCAGACACUUCAAUUGUAGAGGGGCAUGCGACACAUGAUAGUCGUGAGCAGAGGCCAAGGUAA